AUGUCGCAUCGCCGUAGUCAAACAGUCUGUCGCUUCCAUUUGCUUGGAACAUGUCGCUUCGGCAAUUUCUGUCGCUUCUCGCAUGAUGAGACACCAAAUUCGUCCACUUCCGGCAAUGACAGCACGCAGAGAUCGGAGAUCGCUGACGAUAUCGUGGAGGAGGAGCAGGAGCAGGAGCAGGAGCAGGAGCAGGAGCAGGAGCAGGGGCAGGAGCAGGCGCAGGGGCAGGAGCAGGUGGUGGCCAGCACCAGCAGCUACAGUCGGCAACAGAUCUGGGCAAGUGCGCCGGUAUUCGUGCCCAGGCGCAAGAGUAUUCCUGCCGAGACGCCAUCAGCGGGAGACCUCCAGGACAUCUGUCCAUACGGCGGCACCUGUAUCUGGGGCAAAAAGUGCUCGUAUCCGCUCCACAUGGAGAUCUGCAAGAUGUGCGAUCUGUACUGUCUCCACCCGAAGGAUCAGAAUCAGCGCCGUGAGCACAAUCGUGAGUGCCUGGAGCAGCACGAGCAGGCGAUGGAGCUAUCCUUCGCAAUAGCCAGAUCCAAGGACAAGACCUGCGGCAUUUGCUUCGAUAUCAUCGUGGAGAAGAAGGGGCGUGAACGCCGCUUCGGCAUCCUGUCCAAGUGCAAGCACACAUUCUGCUUGAACUGCAUUCGCACAUGGCGGCGCCAGGUCGAGCAAUUCGAGCCCACGGUGACGCGAGGUUGCCCCGAAUGUCGCGUCUGCUCGGACUUCGUAUGCCCCAGUGCCUAUUGGGUGGACACCAAGGAGGAGAAGGAGAAGCUGCUCAGCGAGUAUCGCACGGCGAUGGGCGCCAAGGAUUGCAAGUACUUCAGGAUGGGCUUGGGCAAGUGUCCGUUUGGCAACAAGUGCUUCUACAAGCACUAUCGCCAAUAUGGGAUUAGCCAGACGAAAUCGAAAAGCAGCGUAUCAGAAUAAUGCCCAUGCAAUGCAAAUAUGAUUGAUGAUGAUAUGGAAUAGCAUCCCUGGCGUGUGACCGAUCCACUGGAUUUCCAUUGGAGCGAUUUCCGGGUGACUCAAGCGAUACACUCAUUUCAAGGGAAACAGAUGAGGAUUAGGCAGCUUCUUUAGACGGCAGAGGGACAACGCUUCGUAAACUUGGUCGUGUCUUUGUCAGAGACAAAUAUGUAUAACACUGAGCACAAUAUAGCUCCAUGCAUCCCCAUUGAGACCAAUAUAGCACAUUAUAUCCCAGUAUGGCCGAAUAUUUAGAUAUACAUAGAUAGCAAUAUAGCCCAUACAAAAUUAAACCAAACCAGUAGUCGAGCACCAAAUUUUGGUUUACAUGGCUUUUCACUGGAUGUUUCAAAAAUUCUCCGUGCUUGCAUACACCCAGCUACAUUUAAUACCAAAGGAAGAUAAUAAAUCAUCAGUUUAAAAAGGA